AUGAAAAAAAGUGCUUCCGAUACCAAAAAAUGGCUUGAUGAGUGUUAUCCAGACUCUGCACCAGGCGAAGCAACAAUUCGUAAGUGGUUUGCAAAAUUUUGUAUUGGUCAUAUGAGCACCGAAGACGAUGAACGCAGUGGACGCCCAAAAGAGGCUGUUACCGAUGAAAAUGUGAAAAAAUUUCACAAAAUAAUUUUGAAUGAUCGUAAAGUGAAGUUGUUGGAGAUAGCUGGCACCUUAAAGAUAUCAAACGAACGCGUUGGACAUAUUAUUCAUGAAUAUUUGGAUAUGAGAAAGCUCUGUGCUAAAUGGGUGCCGCGUGAACUCACAAUCGAUCAAAAGCAACAACGAAUUGAUGAUUCUGAGCAGUGUUUGUAG